UGAGCGCCAUGGUGCUUCUCCACUUCUCCCUCUAAAAAACACAACCAAACCUGUCCUUUUUAUUCUGACCCCUUUUUGCCCCAGUGUGAGAGAGGGCGGCCUCUUAACGUGCGCACCCCUGCGGGCGUAGGAUAUGGAGUCCCCCUCCUUCGUAUCCAAAGCAAGGACAGCCUUCCAUUCCGCCGCGGCUAAAGCGGAGCGAGUUCUCUCUGACUUGAAGCAACCCGAUCGCCCAGAUUCCGAUAAGACGUCGCCGAGGAUUUUGAUCCAGCAAGCCGAGGAUGAAUCGCCGGGGGAGUCGAGGGGUUUCCAUGAAUCAAAGGCUUUGAGGUGGAGACCUCCGAAUAUAGGGACAAAGCAGGAAUGGCAGGACAGGAAGCAAGAAUGGCAGGAUAAGUUGAGGAAUAUUGGAAAAGGAAAGAAAGGAGUUGAAGAUACAGAGAAGGCCGAGUAUUCGUCCAUGGCUGUUCCUUAUUAUGAUGAAAAUUUGUACAUUCUGAACAUGAAAAAUGAUAUGGAAGCAAAGGGGGCAGAAUUAAUUCCCUCAGUUGAAAGCUUAGCUGCGGACAACAUAGUGAUUCCGCCAUUAUCUGUUAUGAGGCAAUUGGCCACAGCUGUUGAGGCUGGAAAGAAGUCUAAAUCAAUGAAAGAUCUUUUGGCAUCAUCAGGAAAUUCCUCACCAGUCAGAGAGAGGGGGGGUCUGAGUCUCUCUGCUGUGAAGUCAUUAGUGCUUCGUGAAAAGGAGGAAAAGCCAUCCGAUUUUGGUCAUAAUGAGAAAGUCCUAUCAUUGAUUCACUCUCUAUUUGAUGCAGAGGGAAAUUUUCUAAGGCGGAAGAUCGAUUCUGGUUCAGACACGAUUACCAUGGCAUCUAUACCAAAAGAUAUUCAUGGUGCUCCUCCUGAAAGCCUUGUAGUUAAGUUAGCUGAAGUCAUUGGGAGCUUCAGAACCCUUAAGAAAAUGACACUGUUUUGGUGUAGUGUUGUUUCCGAACUUAGAAGACUUUGGUCUGAAGAAGCAUAUGUACCUAGCAUUCCUGUGGAUGAGAUUCCAGAUCUGAAUUCUUGUCUUUUGUACCAGCGGUUGCAAGUUAUCAAUUGUUGUGUUUCCAGGAAAAGGCGACGUGAUAUUGCCACUGAAACACUAGAGUUUGUAAUUAGAGAAGCCAGUCCAAACGCUGAAGAAUCAUCCGUUUCUACAGACAAUGCUGCGGGCCCUGUUUUGUAUGCUCGAAUAAGCACUGGGGAACUGGUUCUCCGAUUAGGUGCUGAUCGCCCAUACGGUAACCUAAAAAUGUUGGAAACUGGUGAACCUAUGUAUACCCCUGUAACUCAGGAAGGACCUUUACUUACUGAAGAUCUGAUCAAGGAAACAGAGGAGUUUGUGCUUCGAACAGGAAGUGUUGGUGCUGGAUGUUCUCAACUCCUCUCUGACAUGCAGGCUUUCAAGGCUGCAAAUCCUGGUUGUAUUUUGGAAGAUUUUGUUAGAUGGCAUUCUCCUCCCGACUGGACAGAGGCUGAGCCAAGUACCGAGGCUGAAUCUCUGGAUGGUAAUGACGUAUCAUCCGCAAGAGGCCAAUUAAGUAGCCGAAUGCAAAAAGCAGGCAAUCUCUGGCAUGAGCUAUGGGAUACAUCCAAACCAGUUCCAGCAGUAAAACAAGUACCCCUCUUUGACGAGGACUUAGCUGUGGAAGGUAUUCUGGAUGGUUUUGAGGACAUAUCACCUUCUGAGCUUUUUGAGCAGCUGUUUAUUUCUUUGCUUGGUUUAGGGUUUGUAAUUGCUGAGGCCAAAUUGUCCACUAACAGCGAUUUUUCAAAGCUGUUCUAUGAAUGCAAGGACUUUGUGGUAUCCACUUGUCAAGGCAAAAUGUGGACAGAGAAGGUUGACGAGCUUUGUCAGGUAUUUGAAACAGUUGAGGCUAUGAUACUCAAUCCAGAGGAAGUCCUAAGAAUAAUGAAGCAGCCGGAAGAAACCAUGACCCCUUCUCCUUCUAGUGAACCAAAAAGUCGUUUCAGGCGACUGACCCUCAACUUCGGUGGCAAAGAUAGACAGUUGAAAAAAUCAGCUUCUAAGGACCAGAAGAACUCACAAAGCCCUGGUAGCCAACCAUUUUCAAGUUUCUUUGACAACAAGUCAUCAUUAUUUUCAAAAAAGCCUCCUAAGCCUGAAAGUGCAUCCCCUGUUGAAAAACCGUCAAUUACGGAAGACAAUGAUUGGACAGUUGUUUAGAUUUAACUCCUUUUAUUUUUAUUUUUUCAAUUUUUUUCCCGGUUACUGUUGCUGGAAAAUGUAAAUUGUUUUAAGCAAAACGAGCUAAUGGGGAUUACCAUUAGCCACAUCCAAAAUUAAUUUCUUGUUUGAUUACAGAGGAAUGAAGAAUGAAAUAGAAUUUUUCUUGGCCUGCA